ACUCUGGGUCAGUUGUGAUCAGUGCACGAUGUUGGUUAUUUUUGUCGCUUGGUUAUAAGGAAGGCGUUGGGCGUCCAAUAUUGAGGCUUUCCUUUCCGCCACCACCGACCAACGUUUGUUCUUCGAGCAUUCACCACAUUCUUUUGAUACUUUAAUAAUGGCUCCUUCCACACUCUCCGGUGCUGCUGCAAUCUUGCUUCUUAGCUUGAGCACAGCAUCUGCUGUUACAACCUGUGUUGCCAAAUCCUCCCCUUCAUCGGACGCGGUCUGCGGAACACUUGGCACCAUCUCUAUUACCGAUUAUUAUCUAGAAGAUCUGUUUGACGCUCAAUCUACCACGGCUGAGGGUUGCGCAGCUGCAUGUGCCGCAAAUAAUGCCUGUUUGUCUUUCGAUCUUGAGGUUGGAGCUUUCUGCGAGUUGCAAAGCGGAACAAGAAGCCAAGUGGGAUGGACUUCGAACGGCAGCAAGGAUUGGUACACAGGAUAUGAUCAAUCCUGUUUUACCUGCGUAGAUAGCACAGCUACAUCGAGCUCCACCAGCUCCUCCGCAACUUCGAUUUCCUCCGGCUCGUCCAGCUCCUCGAGUUCUUUAGUUCCAACAAGUUCAGCAGAGCCAACAAGUUCUUCAAGCUCUUCGAGUUCCGUAAAGCCCACAAGUUCCGCCAGCUCAUCCAGCUCAGUAGAACCAAGCUCAUCCAGCUCCUCAAGUUCUGUCGCAUCCACUAGCUCCGCAGAGUCUACAAGCUCGUCCACAGUUUCCAGCAGUGAGCCCACAUCCUCCGCAAUCAGCAGUUCCGACAUCUCCUCGUUGCUUUCAGCAUCGACUGUAUCAACCGAGAGCUCUUCUUCCCAGCCAACUUCAAUUGAAGUGUCCUCGUCGUUCCCAACAUCGACCGGAUCCACUGGAAUUUCUUCCUCUUUUCCAACAGAUACACCCUCGAACUCGUCAUUGGUACCAAUCUCCACUGGAUCUGUCUCAGUCUCCGUUUCCCAUCCAACGUCGACCCUAUCAUCUGGAAGCUCCCUUUCAACCAGUGAUGUUCAAUCUUUCCCAACCUCGACAGUAGUAUCCAAUUCCACGACAGCUAUCUCUUACACCGUGUCGUCGAUCGCCAUCAUUACACCAAGUGGGUACCCAAUGAACUUGACCAGCUCAGCUUCGGAAUCUGUAAGCUCUCCAGCCAGUGCUUCUGGAUCCAGCUCUUCGGCUCCAAUUCUCUCGUCUUCCGCCUCAUUGCCGUACGUUACUGGAUCUGCUUCCAUCUCAGAGUCGUCAGACGUUCUUACGACUUCUACCGUAUUCGCAACAUCAGUAUACACAAUCACUAGCUGUGCCCCAACCGUCACUGAUUGCCCAGUUGGAUCGGUCACCACCAAGACUGUCGCUAUCUCGACGACUGUCUGCCCAGUCUCCUCGACCCAUUCUGAGCCUUCGGCUUUGAGCUCCGCAAGCUCUGCAAGCUCCCUGUCUACAUCAUCUCAAGUUCCAACCACAGCAAUGACAACAUCUACUGUGUACGCCACUUCAGUGUACACAGUCACUAGCUGCGCUCCAACUGUCACCGAUUGCCCAGUCGGAUCGGUAACAACUAAGACGGUUGCUAUUUCCACAACAGUCUGCCCUGUUACAGCUGCUGAGACUCAAACUUCUGCAUUGGGUUCCGCCUCAUCAGCAGUUCCAACUUCAAUCGCAACACCGAUGACAACUUCCACUGUAUAUGCCACAUCAGUCUACACAGUCACCAGCUGUGCCCCAAGCGUUAGCGACUGCCCUCUCGGACAAGUGACUACAAAGAUCGUUUCUCUGUACACCACAGUCUGCCCAGUUGCCCUUACCCAAACCGAGACUCCGGUAGCAUCUGCAACAUCACUCAAGCCAGUCCCAUACAGCUCUGCCCCAGGUGUCCCAGGCACAACAAGCCACUCCACGAGCCACUCUACCUCAACCGUGUACCACACAGCUGUGCAAUCUUCCCCAGCUGAGUACCCCACAGGCCCAGCAUCAGUCUCGACCAUGACUGUUGUUCCCAAGCCCGAGGUUUCAGCCUCGUACCCUGUAAACGCAGCAUCGACUCCAGAAGUCCCAGCCACCUACCCAGUUGUCGGAACUGAAGAGCCCACUCCAAACUCGUCGCUCAUCCCAGUCACAAGCACAGCUACCAUCCCAACUUACCCAACUGCCGCCGCGGUCAUUCCAUCUGGAUACUCCAACGGUACUGCAACUUCGUCGGCUCAGGGAGCUGUUGGAACUGGAAGCUCAACAUCCCUUGUGCUUUCUAUUACCGGAUACCCUACGACCGCACCAACUUUGGUUUCGGCCAAUGCUGGAAGCGUCAUUGGCGCUAAGGCGUGGGGAAUGGGUGUUGUCGCCUUGAUUGGUGCUGCUCUUGUGUUGUAAAGGAGAAUUAGAUUCUUGUACAUCGACUUCUUGGAGGGGAGGGCAUUAGUGGAAUGUUCAAAAGUGCUGUGAUGUAUAUAGGUAAGAUAUAAGUCAGCAAUACGAUAUAGAACAUAAUAUAGAACAUUCAGACUUA